UUUGUUUGUAAACAAAAAUGAUUAGUGAAACGUGAAUUUCAAAAAAUGUAAUCUUGAAACUUGAUACUGAAUUUUCGAAAAAUGAGCAUAAAAAGAGGUUACGAAGACGGAAGUGCAAAUAGAAGGCUAAAAGAAAUUCGAUCUGAUUCAUUUUUGAAAAUGGCAGGAUUUCGAGUUGGUGACAAGCGCAGUUUUGACAAAGAGUUUCCACAUUUUAGAGAACCAGUUGAAAUAGGACAUUUUUCGCUUGACAUUUCAAGAACAUUUCACUGCGAUAAAAGUCAGCUCAAAUAUUUCAUAAAACCAAAGGAUUUUAAAAAUGUGCGAUUCGAUCUUACUAAGGGUUAUAGUGAGAUGAUAAAGAAAGAUGAAACAAAAACAGAACGGAUAAAUGAUAUACUAAGAUGGAUCCUGAGAAAUAAAGAGACGUUUAAUCUGGCUGCCGAAGGCAAGAGUGCAGAUUCAGAAACCAUAAGAAAUUUGAACACAGACUUCAUCUGUUGGCGAGGGCUGUUGACAAAACUACUUUGUACUCCGUAUGAAAAUCGUGACGACUGGAAAAUAGCUGUAACACUACAUAAUGGCACAUACUACCUGUGUGAGUUUGACACCGAGGCAAAGAAGAAAGAAAAGGCAGAAAGGACAGAGAGGCAAGAAGAAAUGUGCUGUUGGGGAUGGAAGUUUGAGCAAUAUCUUACUGCUGACUCCCCGGAAGGCAAGCCUAGCCCAGAAGCAGUGUUCAACAACUGUGAAGCAUUCGGCACGGUGGUUCGGUCAAGACUAGCCUCUCACUCUUUAGUUUUUUCUGGCGAGGUUGAUGCUAUCGAUGUGGACCCAAGGACCGGAAAAAGUCACUACGUAGAGUUCAAAACAUCCAGAGAGUUUAGCCAUCCUGGACAACAUGUCAGCUUUAAAAGGUAUAAGCUAAUCAAGAUGUGGGCACAGAGUUUCCUUGUUGGUAUACCUGAAAUUGUGUGCGGUUUCCGUGACGAUGAGGGUACGGUUCACAGGCUGGAGACAUUUCAGACAAACAAAAUACCAUAUGUGGCAAAGGAUAUUCGCUAUCCCUGGAAAGCCAAUGUGUGUUUCAACUUUCUGGACCAGUUUCUGUUAUACAUCAAGGCAACAGUCAAAGAAGACAACCACAGGUUAGUUCACCUGUUUGAGUGGAACCCUGGUAUGGAUGUUCAAUGUACCAAGUUAGCACUAGACUCGGACUACACAUUCCUACCCGACUGGUACAUAAACUCUUGAAGACUGGCGUGUCAAAUAGGACAGUGACUCGAUAUUUUCUUUACACCCCUCCUAUGGCCAUAUUACUGAAGCAUCUUGUGUAGAAACUGUACCUCUUCAUUAAAUUUAACAAGUAAACAGUGUUAAUUAAAAUAUGGAAACUUUUCUAAAAUGAAAACCCCAUUUUGAAGACUUAGUUUUUUCAAUUCAUUUAGCUACCAUAAUCCAAAUUUUACAAAUUAGGCCCUAUUUUCUCGAAACUUUUUAAGCUUUACAGAUAUCAGAAGCAUAUUUCAAUUAGCCAAAGUACAUACUUAUAUUAAAUUUUGAUAAACAAAAAAAUGGUUAUUGUGAUUAUCAUAACGAUUAUUGUAUCUAAAAUAUAAGAACACUACACUACAGUAGUAUAUAUAACGCAAAUUUUGGAAAAAGAUAGUGAGCUUAGCUUAAUCCUGCCAUAUAGGACUUUUGAGAAUAUGGGGCCAGGUUAAAUUUUCUUAAGAUGUUUUUGUAUUAUGGACCCUGGUUCUUUAAGAGGGAGUCAUAUCAUGCAUUAAACUGGACAAUAAAAAUAAAUUGCAA